UCAGACUGGUUGGACAAUGGGAACAAUAAGAAAGCUCUCCAAGAGGCAGAUAAGGUGCUUAGAAAGCAACCAGGUAAUCAGUGUGCCAGGGUGCUCAAGGCCUUGGCCUUGCUGCGACUGGGCAAGCAGGAUGAGUGCCAAGUUAUUAUGGAUAAAGUACGGUCUGAGGUGCCCUGUGAGGAUUCUACUUUGCAGGCAAUGAGUAUUUGCUACAGAGAGACACUUCAGCCCGACAAAAUUAGCGAAGUUUAUGAAGCUGCUGCAAAAGCUGAUCCACAUAAUGAGGAGCUUCUGACGCAUCUUUUCAUGUCGUAUGUUCGCCUUGGUGAUUAUAAGAAACAGCAACAAACUGCCAUAGCCUUGUAUAAAGUAAAACCUAAGAAUCCGUAUUACUUCUGGGCUGUUAUGAGUAUAGUGAUGCAGGCUACUCAUUCAGAUGAGAAGCUGGCAAAAGGGGUUACGUUGCCUUUGGCAGAGAGAAUGGUCCUAAAGUUAGUAAAGGAAGGCAAAAUGGAAGCUGAACAAGAGGUGCAGCUUUACUUAAUGAUUUUAGAGCUGCAAGACAAAAAUGAAGAGAUAUUAAACGUAUUGUCUAGUCCUUUAGCUUCGCAUCUUUCAUACGUGCCACAACGAAAGGCGACACUUUAGAAAUUAGAACGUUUCCCUGAAGCUGCUGAAGCAUAUCAAGAACUUAUUAGAAAAAACACUGAUAAUUGGGCGUUUUAUCAAAAUUACCUUUCGAUGGCCUUAAACUUUUCACAACCGACAGAAUGCUUGGAUUUCCUUAACAAUAUUAUUAAUAUGUCCGAAAACAAAAUUCGCGCGCCUUACUUGGCACGCUUGGAAUUACUGAAACGUACCUGUACUGACAAAGAUGCACAGUACAGCUUGCAAUCUGUGGAUCUUAUGCAUCAAUAUUUUUCACAAUUUGGAGAAAAAGGCUGUGUAGUUAGUGACUUGCGAUUAUAUUUAAGUAUACUCACACCUAAGAGCAAAGCGGAGUUACUCGAAAGGAUCGAAAAAGACAUUAGUGUCGCGCCAGACGAGUUUCCAACUACCGUACAACAGUUGCAAAAGUAUAUCCACUUAGAACAGUUGCGACGUAUUUGCGGUUUCCACCAUCCUCCUUUAGCAGACAGAAAUAAACAGGAAAAACUGAUAAAGCGACUGUGCGAUUUGUACGAAAAGGGCAACGAACUCUGUCCGGUGCAAGAACGAUUGCCGACCAAUUUCUGUCCGGCGGAUUCGUACAUUUUAUUAGCUUCGCAUCUGCUGCAUCAAUUAUGGGUUGACACUAAUGACGCGUCUUUCCUUUAUAGGGCAAUGUCGUUGUUGGAACGUAGUCUCCUAUCGAGUCCUGCAAAUUUUCACGUAAAAAUUCUGCUCGUGCGGAUAUACUUGGAGGUCGGUUUAGUGGUUGCGGCCGAUCGUGCGUUUACACUACUCGACGUUAAGCACCUGCAACUAGACUCACUGGGUCAUCUUCAUGUACCUCUACUCGCACCUCUCGGUGACUUAUCGUUGGCCUCGACGACUCUUGAUCAUACAGCGAAAUUUUUCAUAGCCAACUAUAAAGAUGUAUGUAUUUUCAGGUAUAAUAGAUUAAAUCUUUGCGGUUCUAUGUAAAAAGAGAGAGAGAGAAAGAAAGUCGGUCUUUAUAUCUA